CGCACCUGCCACUCUGAGGCGAUGUUUUGUUCCGACUACAGGGGUUCCAGUCUUUACCACCCUACAUGAUGUCACGACUUAAAUGUGGCGUAUAGCAACUCCUACCUCCACGCUCGUAGAAAUUCCUGCGGAUGCGAUAUCUAUCAUUUGUCCGAUUCUCUCCUCCACUAGAUGAUCUAGUCCCAUCAAUGCAAUCUAUUUCUUUCAUUAGAGAUUACCAUGCAGUGCAACUACUUCGUUUGCACGCUUGGUCAAGCUACACGACUACACAGCGGCCCUAAGCCAUACCGCAACAUCAGCCAGUUUGUGGAGCAGCAAGCACAGCAUCACCCGCUACUACCAGCCGUUGGAUUCCCAGUCCCGUGUCCAGAACCAAAGCAAUGGCAUCACGAGGUCCUCACAUUUGGAGAUGUUGAAGAAGGCACAAAUGUCUUCGCAACGAGACUAUCAGACGCCUUACGCACGCCCAAACAUCUAGAGACGAUAGCUUUACUAUGUCACAGCUCUCCGGAGUUCCUUUUCACGUGGUUGGGUUUGAUAAGACUGGGCCAUCCCGUCCUCCUGAUAGCGCCGCAAUGUCAAGCAGCUGCGAUCGUACAUCUUUGCACAUCUUGCAACGUCUCAAUACUGCUCCAUGACGUUGCUCACGCAGAUCGAGCGCAGCAGACACAGCAGUCGGCGGAAGAACAAAAAGUGACCGCGUUCAAGACACAACUUUUACCUCUAAGCGAAGGAGAAGACAUCUUCCAGGUCAUCAAAGAGUCGGUUGAACUACAUGCUGAGUCCCCUCAAAUAGACGAAACAGCCAUCGCAUACUUGCACCACACUUCGGGAACCUCGUCAGGACUGCCAAAACCGAUACCACAAUCUCAUCGAGCGGCCAUCGGUGUACUCCCGCAGCUUCCAAAGAUACCGGGCAUAGCCUCGUUCACUACGACACCUCUCUAUCAUGGAGGGAUUGCGGAUCUGUUCAGAUGUUGGACGAGCAGUUCUCUCAUAUGGCUGUUCCCUGGGAAAGACAUACCCAUCACAGCUCAGAACAUAUGCAAGUGCCUGAACGUAGCCAAGUCUUACUCAGGAACAGAUGUUCUUCCUCAAGUCAAAUACUUCUCCUCUGUACCUUACGUGCUCCAGAUGAUGGAAGCGGACGAGAGUGGUCUUCAGGCACUUCAGCAGAUGGAGAUCGUUGGAGUGGGUGGAGCAGCACUGCCGACUGAUAUUGGGAACCGCUUGGUGAAUAAGGGGGUAAAUCUCAUCUCAAGAUUUGGGAGCGCUGAGUGUGGCUUCAUUCUGUCUUCAUAUCGCGACUUUUCUGCAGAUGGGGACUGGCAGUAUUUGCGGAACUACAACCCACCUAAGCUGCUGGAUUUCGAGCCACGAGAGGAUGGUCUAGCCGAACUAGUCAUACGGCCUGGGUGGCCACAUAUGGCGAAACAUAAUCGUCCCGACGGGGCUUUCGCAACGGCCGAUCUGUUCGCACCACAUGAGACCAUCGAGAACGCAUGGCUGUACCACUCACGAGCCGACUCUCAGUUGACACUGAUCACUGGCAAGAAGUUCGAUCCCGCCCCUCUUGAAGAUUACAUAGCAACCUCGUUGCAUCUCGACGACGUGUUGAUUUUUGGCAACAACCGUCCAUUCCCAGGCGCACUUCUUCUACGAUCUGAACAGUCUAGUGGUGUAUCUGAUCAAGAGCUUCUUCUUGCGAUCAGGCCAGUAAUAGAGAAGCUGAAUCUUGAAAAUCAGGAUCAUGCUCGAAUACCUUUCAACAUGUUGGUACCACUACCGCAUCAGAACCAGCCACUCGAGAAGAGUAGCAAGGGAACUAUCAUUCGGAGAGCCGCAGAAUCCCGGUUCGAGGAGGAAAUUGAACGCGCGUAUGGGUCGCAAGGGCCAGAUCAGUCGGCUGACGUGAAAGAUGAAGACCUGCUUCAGCAUUUCACUGAACUCAUACAGUCUAUUACUUCGCAGUCGGCAGGCUUGACUGAAGAUGCGGAUCUUUUCUCAUAUGGUGUCGAUUCAAUCGCAUGUAUGCAGCUUAGGAACCGGCUGACAGGGCUAAUACCACACUGCAAAGACCCGCUGCCCAUGAGCGUGGUCGAGGACUGUGGUACCAUACGACGUUUGGCCGACUACGUCCUACGAAAGCGACAUGGGGAGUCCGAUACGGAUGUGGAAGAUGAGGAGCAACUGAUGCUGGAUCUGGUCAAGGAGUUUGGUUCCUGGCAGCAGUCAGCUUCGCACGACGCGAUCAACGGUUCACACGACAAGAAUGCUGGAGAUGUGGUUGUACUCACAGGAGCCACUGGCGCGUUAGGAGCACAUAUCCUGAAUUUGCUGCAAAAGACAGCGAGUAUUGACACCAUCUACUGCCUUGUCAGAGGGGCAGACGAACAUGCGGCAACAGAGCGUGUCAACGAAGCCCUCGAGCAGAGAGGUCUGACCAGCCUCAAGACGAAGACAAAAGUCAACGUGAUACCAGCACAGUUAAGCAAACAACGACUUGGACUUGGCGAUGGACUAUACAAUCACCUGGCCAAAGAAGCAACCUCGAUCAUCCACGUCGCAUGGACUGUCAAUUUUCGUCUCAAGCUCCGCAGCUUCGUGAAAGACAACAUCGCAGGCGUCCAGAACCUGCUCAAUCUAGCCUUGAAAGAACCGCGUUCCAGCCCUCCUCGCUUCACAUACUGCUCCUCCACUGCAGCAAUCAUGAACGGCUCGCUCGACGACGCGGGAUUUUUACCCGAGAAACUUUUGUCCGACCCCUCUACUGCAUCCCCGCUGGGCUACUCGCGCUCGAAAUGGGUAGCAGAGCACAUAUGCCUCGAAGCGCAUAACCGGACGAGUCUGCGCGGGCGGGUCGCUAUCGUCCGGGUUGGACAGCUCGCUGGCGGCUCGAUGUCAGGGGUGUGGAACACGAAAGAGGCAUGGCCUAUGAUGUUGAGCACUGCAAGGUUGAUCCAAUGUCUACCUGAUUUAGGUGAUGAGCCGCUUGAUUGGCUGCCUGUUGACAUUGCUGCUCAGGCUUUUCUUCAAGCUACGAAGGUGGUCAGCGGAAGUGCAGGAGAAAUGCCUGUGUAUCAUGUGCUAAAUCCGCAUCGACGGCCAACGUGGCGGGAGAUGUUGCAUUGGCUGCAGAAGAAGGAGCAGUUCGAAAUCGUUGCCCCGCAGGAAUGGGUCAGACGUUUGGAAGAUUGCAACAAUGCCAAUCACUCUGCGAUGAAGCUGUUGGGGCUUUGGAAGGAUUCAUACAGUAAUGCACCUGAGAAUGCGAAGCAGCAGCCGCAGUUUUCCAUGGCGGAGACAAGGAAAGCUGUCCCGGCACUAAAAGUUGUGAAGCCGCUUGAUGAGGCGUAUAUGGGAAGGAUCUGGGAGUGGGUACAAAAGCAUGUUGACUGAGAGAGAAGGUAUCAAUGGGCAACUGUGUCCAACGCAAGAAUAAGCCU